CUGUCGCUAUGUCGUUGUCGGAUGCGCUUCAGCGGUCUACCAACGCAGCGCCGUCUCACGAAUGUCAUAAAAAAGAGUUCGCAAAAAAAGUUUAGUGAGUAUUGUGUGAAAUAAACUGAAUAUCUUAUCAAUAGUAGUGUUUGUGAUAAAAAAUUUUUGAAUGAAAACAUAUCAAUUUGCCGCCGGAGACGCAGUUUAUGAAAGCAGAUCCUGUAAGAUAUGACCAAGAACUCGUGACACAAGAUGGCGCGUCACCUGGUCACCGUAUGCAUGUUCUGUCUGCUAUGCGCGGCGCACACGUGCGCCUCGCACGUCGACACGCACUCUCUGCACACAUACACACCGUCCAUAGACCUGGAACAUCCAACGUACAACCUGGAGAAGAUACAAGCGAAGAGACACCAGAAGUUGAGGCACAAACGCGAAGUGCGAAACGUCAAUCCGACGGCGUACGUGGAACAGAUAUUCCGGCUGUAUGGUGACGCUGGGUCGAUGACUAUGAACGUGGCGGGCUUCAAUGAGAUGCUGCGCGGGCUAGAUCUGCACAAGUUGGUCGAAGGUGGAGUGCAGAGGAUUGCGAAUAAGGAUUAUAUUUAUGGGCAGAGCGGGAAGGAUGAUACGGUUGAUUGUGUAAGCAGUUCAGAACUAAUCACAACGGUCAACACGAGGUUAAAACCUCACGACCACGACCACGAGCACGGUCACAGCGACCACGCGAUCGCUGAGCACGAAACUGAGAAUCUCAUAUCACAGGACACGCUGAGGGCGAUAUGUCCAAUCCUACUGUACCAGAAACUUGCCAAUACUUCCAUAGAGAGGGAAGGAUGUUUGAAGGAAAUGAACUUCCCCACAAACCGAUUAGACGUCCGACAUACGGAAAAGGAGAAUGCAUAUUCAAAGAAUAUGUUUGCCGUGUGGCUGUAUUCUUCUUUAAGCAUAAGCGCCAUCAGCGCUUGCGGGCUGUUGGGCGUCGCUGUGAUACCCAUAAUGCAUAAGACCUAUUAUAAUCAUCUUCUACAGUUCUUAGUAGCUCUGGCCGUGGGCACACUUUGCGGGGAUGCCUUACUGCAUUUAAUGCCUCACGCCAUGAGCCCCAUGGAGCACGAUCACUCCGAAAACGCCGUGGAAGUGAGAGCGUCACACGACGACGGCAUGUGGAAAGGCCUCGCCGCCAUGCUGGGCGUCGUCUUCUUCUAUUUCACGGAGAAGGGUCUGACGGUGGUCGUCGAGUGGAGGAAGAGGCGGCAGAAGCUCGAAGAGGACAAACUCCCCACAAGGGUCAGGGUGCUGAAGGACGAAACGGUCGGCGGUUGUUCCGGGGGCUCGAAGGCGCCGAUAACCAACUCGACGUCCAAUUCGCUGAUGAAAAUCUUCAAGCGGGACGAGAAGGGCGAUCCAACCACGAAAACCUGCAAACACAAGUAUUCAGAGUACCCGUAUUGCUACGAUGAAAUCGACACGGACACGCACGACGAGCACCACAUGCGCGAUGGAGUUCCACCGAGCCCCAAAGCAAAUAACAAACAUAACAACAGCGUUAGUGUGGUGUCGUCCAACGCCCUGAACCCGGAGGGUAAAGAGAACGAGCCCACGGCGAAGGACUGGCUGCUGAAGGGCGAAGCGCCAGCGGUGGUUGAAAUGAACAACAUCAAACACAAGGAUGAUGUUAAGGAUUUGAAGGACGGCGACAGUUAUACAGUGAUCUUGAGGUGA